AUGGCUGUCGAUCUUCUCGACGGCCUCGACGCCUCCUUGCAGGACUUCGAGCCCCCAGUCAGCCCUACGAGCAUGCGCCACUCGUCGGCGCUGCCCAGCGAACCGGCCACGGAGGAUCUCGAGGAAUCGGACAUCGGUUCAGGCGGUGGGUACUCGCCGCCAGCGUGGCGGAACCUCGGCAACGGAGAUCGGAGUCGCGGCUUCUGGAAGCCCCAGCCAGAGCGAUUUCAUAGGGCGCUGUCGCCAGACUCGGAUGACGACUAUCAGAGCGACGACGACGUGGUCCUCGAGCAGGCCAUUCGCACGAGGCUACCCCAGGGGAGCCUCAGCCCAGAUAAGGGCCGCAGUCCAAGCCCGCCACCGCCCGAAGACACGACUCUGAAGGUUGACCACAAGAGCCCAUCUCGAGAACUGCCCUUGGCGGAUUUGAGGGCCUCACCACAGCCGCCAGAUAAUUACAUCCGCUUUGCUGUGCGCGCCGAGGUUUUGCAGCGCACGAGACCUAUUGAGAACGCCAUAACAUUCCUCCAGAAGCAAUACAAUGCCAUCUUUGCGAGCUGGGGCACGAUCCUGACCACCUUCUUUAUCGCCGUAUUCUCCAUAUCCACGGCCAAAAUGCUAUCAAAGCCCGCGGCACCGCGACCAGUAGGUGAUCUGGUCAAGAUUGCGGGCUUAGCGCGCUCCUUCGAGCCGCUCAUCUACUUCUCCGAGCCGGCCGUUGCGCAUGUCAAGGAACUGCAAUCGACGAGCAUCGCGAUAUGGGACCUGGGCGAGUCGGUGCGGAUCAGCGGCAUGGCGGACGCCGACACGAUUGUUCAGAACCUCGAUGCGAUUAGCGAGACGAUGAAGAAGCUCGUUCUGGACUUGACCAGGUUUCACACUCACGUUGACGGAGACAUCGAUGCUAUACUCGAUGUCAUGGACUGGGCAAAGAUGCACCUGAACCGCCUCAACACGCGGCCUCCACCUUCCCACCUCUCACACGCAUACGACAACAUUCACAACCUCCUUACUGACGCCCAAAUCCUCGAAGAUGCCACAGGCGCGCCGACCCGCGUGGGUCGCGUCACUACCGCCGUGUUCGGCAUGAGUAACCCGCAGCGCGAGCAGAGGAUGAUCCAGCGCCUCUUCACGGCCUUCAUCUCCACCAUCGAGGAGGCGAUCCAGGACGAGCUCGAGCACAGCGUCAGCCUCUUCGCGCUCUUCGACGACAUCGACGACCACUUCCUCAAGCUGGCGCGGCACGUGGCGCACGAGUCGUCGACACAGGAGGAGUUCCACGCGGAGCUCCUCUCGGGGCUCUGGGCGCGCAUGCUCGGCCCCCGCGCUGCCGAGCUGCGCAAGUUUGAGCGCAACAAGGCCCUCCUGCACGACGUGCGCCACAAGACGGUCCGCAACAAGGGCAACCUCGUCAGCCACCACGGCAAGCUCCUCACCCUCAAGGCCUCGCUCGAGUCCCUGCGCGGCAAGCUCGCCUCCCAGCUCGUCCGCGGCCUCAACUCGAGCACCCUCACACUCGAGGACCAGAUACGCGGCAUCGCCGGCGUGCGCGACUACCUCUCCGACAUUCGCCGCCAGCAGAAGAGCAAGGUCAUGGAGACGCUCUACUCCAUCGACCGCACCAAGAAGUACAGCGUCACGCCGGAGAUCGAGAUGGGCAGCAGCGGCUUGUAA